UGCUGAGCUGCUCCCUCCCCGCAAGGAGAUGGAUUUGGGGACCAUAGGGUGUGUGUGUAGGGAUGGGGGGGGGAGGUUGCUCUGUGUGCCAUUGGGAGGAAUUCAGGACAGAAUCAGUGAAACCAAUGGGGUCUGUUGGUUGCAAACGAGUUCUCUUUUAUUUUUGUAUUUAAUUGCAAUGGGGUCUUGUUUUUCUAUGAAGCCUUUAUAGUGACGUGGCAAGGAGCGGCGCUUUGCAGCCAUCGCAUCGCUGUGUGUCCGGCUGCGUUAUGAGACGGAUCCCUUCUGAAAUACGGCCUUUUUUAAAGCGCUUUUAUCUUUUCGUUAUCAAUAAAAGGAACGAAGCGAUGUUAACGGCACCAUGGCUCAGGCUGUCACCUGGCUCAAGUGGCUUUGCGGGGCCAAGGAGUGUCCCCAAACCCCAGAGGCUCCACUCAACCCCCCCCGGGAGACGCUGUUCCGACAGGAGGGACCCCAGGGGGUGACGUUCCGCAUCCCGGCGCUGCUCCAUGUGCCCCCACGCACCUUCCUGGCCUUUGCUGAGAAACGCUCCUCCGUCCGGGAUGAGGAUGCAGAGUUCCUGGUGCUGCGCCGGGGGAGGUGGAACGGGCACAAGGUGGAGUGGGGCCCUAUGGAGGAGCUGACCGAGCUGACCCUCCCGGACCACCGCACCAUGAACCCCUGUCCGCUGUACGAGGCCGCGAGCGGCACCGUAUUCCUCUUCUUCAUCUGCGUGGAGCGCCACGUCACUGAAUGGCAGCAGAUCAUAUUGGGACGCAACGCGGCGCGGCUCUGCUGCUCCUCCAGCCCCGACCACGGCCGCACCUGGAGCCCUCUGCGGGAUCUCACCGACGAGGCCAUCAGUGACGACCAGCCCCGCUGGGCCACCUUUGCCGUAGGGCCGGGCCAUGGGGUGCAGCUGGAUUCAGGUCGCCUGGCCGUGCCGGCAUAUGCCUACUACAUGCACGGACGGCUGUGUGGCAUCCCGCUGCCCUGCUGCACCCGCCCGCACUCCUUCAUCUUCUACAGCGACGAUGGCGGACGGAGCUGGCAGAAGGGUUCUCUGCUGCGGGGUAUGCGGACCGGAGAGUGCCAGGUGGCCGAGAUCAGUGCCAAGGAUGGAGGGACGCUGCUCUACUGCAGUGCCCGCCGGCCGUGCCGCUGCCGGGCUGUAGCCAUCAGUGCUGACCGUGGCCAACGCUUUGGCCUCCCGGUGCGGUGCCCUGCGUUGUGUGAACCGCCACGGGGCUGCCAGGGCAGCGUGGUCAGCUUUGUGCCCACCACCAUUGGGGGUCCUGUAGGCAACACAGACACCGAGAGCCCCAGUGGGGUCACCCAACAUGGGCCGCUCUGUUCCAACUCAACCAACCAGCAUUUACAGUGCAAUUCAGGCUGUGAGAGUCCCACUGGGGACACCCAGCAUUGUCUGCUCUGCACGACUCCCCCUGCCAUCAUUGGGUGUCCUACAGGCACCACCAGUCCUGAAAACCCCAACAGGGUCAGCCAACUCUGCUCCCACCCAACCAACCAGCAACAACACCCUGAUUUAGGGCUCUGUAUCAAUACCACGCCACACAGUGAGUAUCCUGUAGGCACCACCAGCAUCGAGAGCCCCAACGGAGACACCCAACAUUGGCUGCUCUGCUCCAACCCAACCCACCAGCUCCAGCGCUGUGAUUUAGGGACCAAGAGCCUCAAUGGGGGCACCCAACGUUGGCUGCUCUACUCCCACCCCACCAACCGGCACCACCGCCGCGAUUUGGGGCUCUACGUCAACAUGGCGCCGCCCGACGAGAAGGGCUGGAGGCACCCAAGGGUGCUGCAGGAGGGACCUUGUGGGUAUUCUGACCUGGCCGUGUGCCCCGAUGGGGUCUUUGGCUGCUUGUUUGAGUGCGGGGAGGUCAGCACCUGCGAGGAGAUCGCAUUCUGCCUCUUCACAUUGGGCGCCAUUGGAGGCGCUGCGGAUGGUGAAGGCAGUGAGACGCCGUGCCUUGGGGAAGAACCCGUUUUUGGGGUUUUGUCCCCAAAGAGCAACGGGGAGAGCUCAGGGGAAGACGUGAGGGAUGAGAACCCAGCGGAGGAGAAGCAGCGUUGCGAGGCUUUUAAUUAACACCUUUUUAUUAAUUGACUGACGCCCAUCGUUGGGUUGGCGAUGGUGUAGGAAGGAACUGGGUGUCCUGUGAUUUUUUUAGCUGGGGAAAACCCCAAAUCAGAGAUGAGUUACACAUUCCUGACUCUAUUACAUUCCGUGAGACAAUA